AUGGUUCGCGAGAACGACGACGACGGUGGCGCUGAGGCGGCGGAGCGAGAGUGCCGACGAGAGAAGGCGCAGCUGCGAGAGGCGUUGGAGCGGCAAAUCGAAGCGAAGCGACUUGAGCGCGAGCGCGAGCGCGCAGCGCGGGCUCGAGCGGAGGAAGAGGAAGAACGCCGUUUGCGCGAAGAGCAAGCCGAGUUGACUCGACGGUUUGAACGACGUCGGCGGUUCGGUUUGGCGGAUGGUUUAGCGGAUGAUUUGCACGACGCGUCGUUGAGCGCGAGCGAGGGUGGUUCUGGCGCAUCCGGCGCGACAAACGUCAUGAAUGCGGCUUCGAAUGGUGAUGCGUUCGAGUUUAUCAAAGUAGAGUCGACGUUCGUGGAGUUGUCGCGAGACGACGAAGAAUCCGACGCCGACGAAAAAUCAAAGCCGCCGGAGGUCAUUCACUCGCCGCCGCCGCGGCAGCUCACGGUGGUGGAAACAGUGAUGACGGAACCGGCGAAACCGUCUCCGGCGAACAAGACAGAAGACGAAAGUGAUGACGACGAACCAUUACUGCGCCAAGGAUCUGUGAAAGCCAUGGCGAAAAUGUGGGAUACGCCGGUGAAGUCAAAACGAGCUCCGUAG